AUGGUCAAGAUAUUCUUAACUGGGGCUUCAGGCUAUAUUGGAGGCGAUGUCCUUCGCGGUCUAGCUGGAAAACACCCUGAAUAUGAGAUCUCAGCUCUGAACAGAGACCCCGCGAAGGCUUCUCAGAUACUGGAACAGUUCCCAAGCGUGAAGAUUGUUUCAGGUGACCUGGAUGAUGUCUCCUUGUUGGAAAGCGAGGUCGCAGAAGCCGACAUCGUUCUCCUAUACUGGGUGCAAGUCUCCGGCGCAAGCGCGCUGGCCACGCCCGAGAUUGCAAGCGAGACGUUCGGCGAGCCGAGCGACAAGACGUACAACGACCUCGACGGCGUCGAGGAGAUCAAGGCGCUGAUCCAGGAGUACCCCAGCCGCGCGGUGGACAACUACAUGCUGAAGGUGGCCGCCUCGUCGCCGCAGGUGCGCACCGCGGUUGUCUUUCCGCCCAUCAUCUACGGUGUGGGCGGCGGGCCAUGUCACCAGCGCAGCGUACAGGUGCCUGAGCUGGCACGCUUCACUAUCGAGCGAGGCAAGGGGGCGCAGGUCGGCCGCGGGCUGAAUCGGUGGGCGAAUGUACAUAUUCACGAUCUAUCGGAUCUGUUUGCCUUGCUGGUAGAGAAAGCUGUCCAGGGAGGCGAUGAAGGAAAGGUGUGGAAUUCAAAUGGGAUUUACUUCUGUGGAUCUGGCGGCGAGAUGACGUUUGGUGAGAUCUCAGAAGAGGUUGCCAAGUCGGCUUAUGAACAGGGACUGGUGAAAACUGCGGCGAUUGACCAGCUCAAACCCGGCGAGGCGGAUGCUAUAUUCUUGCACGCCUCGGUAAUGCUUGGCACGAAUGCGCGCUGCGAGGGCACGCGGGCGAAGGAAGUACUCGGGUGGAAGCCACAGCAAGGGGGCUUGCGGGCUGAAAUACCCAAGAUCGUGUCUCAAGAAGCAGAUGCCCUCAAGGCUAAGAAGUAG